CAAGUCGACGAUCGCAUCUGGAGCGCGCACUCGCAGGUCGAGCCAACUAUCCGGACGCUGGCGUCUUGCACGGGGGCGCGACGCCACGACGUUCUCUUUCGCCGCCGGUCCGAGGACGGGGGGCCCAGGUAAAUUCUCAGGGGCUGUGGAUCGUGUCACGCGAGAGCGACCCGGCCGAGCAAUGUCAGCCGGGUUGCUUGCAUGCAUCGCCAAAUUGGUCGCGUGUUGCCACCCUUUCUUAACAUCCCCAGCAGGCCAGCACUCGAGCAGAGCUCCUCGCCUCCUCACCUACGCGGCUACGCAUGCGCAUGGCCAGGGUGCAGAGCUGCAACAAAUUAGCCACCAAUGGAUCACGCCGCCUCGCAUCCCCUCCCCGACGUCGGCAGCUUCUCCUACAGCUGGCCGACCAGCAAACCGGAGCGGCGGCCCGAGGAGCGCCUCGACCACGCCGACGUCGUCGCCAGAUUCAUCGGAACGGACCCUGCGUCGGCGUCGCUGUGCAGCUUCGACUUCCGGCUAUCGCCUCCGCAGCAGACGGCCGACGCUGGCCAGAUGUUCCUCGACGGCCUGCUCCUCCCGCUGCAGCUCGCGAGCCGUCACUGCCAGGACCAGGAGAACGGCGAUUCCGGCAGCGGGGGGCCGGUGCUGGGGCGAUCGCUGUCGCUGGACUCGCCGCAGAGGAUGGUAGCCUCCGCGGCCGAGAGCAGCAGGCGGCACCGGCUGCCCCGGCCAGCAUCGCAGAACUCUUCGCCUUGCGGUGGUCACCGCGGCGGCCGCAGCGCGGUGACCCCCGCGAGGGGCGCCGUGCUCAGGGCGAGCAAGCUCAGGCUGCCGUCUUUCGGGAGAAGCGGGGAGCGGCGCAGGUGGAUGUCGUUCAAGCUCUUGGCGCCCUUGUGUCGGAAGAUAGUGAGAUGCAUCUGGAGGAGGAAGGCCAUGGACGCACCUCAUCGUGCCGAGUACGGCGGCGACGAUGUCAAGCUGUGUGAUUCAGGCCAGGAGGCCAUCAAGGACGCUAUUCUUCACUGCAAGAGAUCCCUGUAGGCUGUAGCUCACAGCCUCACGAGAAACGUUUGCAGGAGUUGAGCUCUAGAAUUCUUUCUUCUUCAAUUAAACCUCGUUCUAGCAGUCCUGGUCACUUCGCCAGCGCUGCGGAAGGAAGGCGUGCGAGAGAGAAAUGUUAUUAGCACGACAUGAUAAAGUAAUCUUUCAGCUGAA